AUGGAGCCCGUCCCCCAGCUCCUGGCUGGACUCCUCCUGCUGACCGUGUGUGCGCAGGGCUGCUCCUGCCAGCACUGGUCCUAUGGAUUGCGCCCUGGAGGAAAGAGGAACGUGGAAAAUUUGUUCGAUUCUUUGCAAGAGAUAGUCAAAGAGGUUGAUCAGCUGGUGGAACCUCAACCCUUGGAAUGCACCAUCCACCAGCCACGUUCCCCCAUCAGGAACCUGAGAGGAAUUCUGGAAGAUCUGAUUGAAGAGGAAACUGGGAGGAAGAAGAUUUAA